AUGUCUAAAAAAGCCAUCGAGCCAUAUCUUUCUCUCGUGGCCACGCCUGAGGAAGAAUUCGCAGAAGACUAUGACGAUUUGAUUUUCAUCGGCGCCUACGACAUCCAAAUAGAAUCUCACAUCGAGAACAAGAAAACAAGCGACGUCUCUUUCCGGAUAAAAUUCAAGUUCAGCCCAACCGACACCUGGUCUCGCGGCUGGGCAGAAGAAAUCGAUCUUCACAAAUACUACCAAGACAUCGUCCUCAACUACUGGCGCGGCAUCGGCGGGCGGUGCGAAGCCACGGGGUUCAAGAUGUACAAAAUACUCAGAAUCAUAGCGGAGGAGAAGAACAAGUAUCGCGUGCAGUGGGUUGGCUAUAACGCGGAGGAGGAUACAAAUCUGGAGCCCAAGAAGAAGGUCUGGAGCAUCGCGCCUAAAGCCGUGCUUGCGUGGAAGACUCGCGCGGUGGAAUAG